AUGAAACGGGCUUUAUUUGGUCCAGGCGCAAUGUUCAGCGUAUUUGAGGAAAUCACAAGAAUUGUAGUUAAGGAGAUGGAUGCUGGAGGGGAUAUGAUUGCCGUUAGAAGCCUCGUUGAUGCUGAUAGAUUCCGCUGCUUCCAUCUGGUGGGGGAGAAGAGAACUUUCUUUGGAUGCCGGCACUACACGACAGGCCUCACCCUGAUGGACAUUCUGGACACAGAUGGGGACAAGAGGUUAGAUGAACUGGAUUCUGGGCUCCAAGGUCAAAAGGCUGAGUUUCAAAUUCUGGAUAAUGUAGACUCAAAGGGAGAGUUGAUAGUGAGAUUACCCAAAGAAAUAACAAUUUCAGGCAGCUUCCAGGGCUUCCACCGUCAGAAAAUCAAGAUAUCUGAGAACCGGAUAUCCCAGCAGUAUCUGGCUACCCUUGAGAACAGGAAGCUGAAGAGGGAACUACCCUUUUCAUUCCGAUCAAUUAAUACGAGAGAAAACCUGUAUCUGGUGACAGAAACUCUGGAGACAGUAAAGGAGGAAACCCUGAAAAGCGACCGGCAAUAUAAAUUUUGGAGCCAGAUCUCUCAGGGCCAUCUCAGCUAUAAACACAAGGGCCAAAGGGAAGUGACCAUCCCCCCAAAUCGGGUCCUGAGCUAUCGAGUAAAGCAGCUUGUCUUCCCCAACAAGGAGAUGAUGAAUAUUCAUUUCAGGGGCAAAACAAAAUCCUUUCCAGAAGAGAAGGAUGGUGCUUCAUCCUGUUUAGGAAAGUCUUUGAGUUCGGAGGAUUCCAGAAACACGAAGGAGAAGUUGGAGGACAUGGAGAGCGUCCUCCAGGAUCUGACGGAGGAGAAGAGAAAAGAUGUGCUAAAAUCCCUCACUAAGUGCCUCGGCAAGGAGGAGAUUCGGCAGGAUCUAGAGCAAAGAGUAUCUGAGGUCCUGAUUUCCGGGGAGCUGCACAUGGAGGACCCAGACAAGCCUCUCCUAAGCAGCCUUUUUAAUGCUGCUGGGGUCUUGGUAGAAGCACGUGCAAAAGCCAUUCUGGACUUCCUGGAUGCCCUGCUAGAGCUGUCUGAAGAGCAGCAGCUUGUGGCUGAGGCCCUGGAGAAGGGGACCCUUCCUCUGUUCAAGGACCAGGUGAAACCUAUCGUGGAGCAGAACUGGGAUGAGCUGGCCAGCAGUCCUCACAACAUGGACUAUGACCCUGAGGCACGAAUUCUCUGUGCGCUGUAUGUUGUUGUCUCUAUCCUGCUGGAGCUGGCUGAGGGGCCUACCUCUGUCUCUUCCUAACUACAAAAGCCCUUUCUCCCCACAAGCCUCUGGGUUCUCCCUUCACCAGUCUGUCCUCACUGCCAUCGCCACUACCAUCCUGUCACCAGUGGGACCUCUUUAAAACGAGCAGCCAACCAUUCUUUGAUGUAUCCAGUUCGCUCCAUGUUAACAUCCAAAACCAGCCUGGAUUUCAUGCAUGGACUUCUGAUUAAAAGUGGCAGGUUGUGCAUGUUAAUUUUGUCUUUUGAAGCCUCACUAAAUGACAGUAAAGCAAUAGAAAGCUUUGUAUAAA